GCAGGUUGGUGUGAGUAGAGCGCUAUAGCAUGUGUGCUCGUUUGUGUGUUUGUUCGGAUUCAAGGCGCGUGGUGUAACAGACAUUCUCGUUGUUGUGUUCAUGCGCAGUGAAACGGGGCUGUAAAUUGAGAUCUGCUUCUUACUUUCCGGAGGAAACACGAAAUUAAAGGCUUCAUGUGGUGAGUGCCCCGUUCUUCCUUCAUUGCUUGACCGGUGGUGUGUUUCAGUCUAAACCAAUGACGAAGGACCGAGGCUUCUCCACUGUGGCUCCUCCAUGGGGUCUGGCAUGCAACAUGACUGAAUAGUACAGUCGCUGGAGGCAGUGGAUUUGCUGUACCCAUGCGAAGUGCCGCGACUCCACCAUGCGUUUGUUCAGGAGCCGACGUCACUCGGAGCCACCCUCAGCGCUUGGCCCCAGUCCCAGGGAGGGGGCCGAGUACCAGACCGUGAAGGCAAUGCCAGCAGUCGUUCUGGAAGAGGCGAGUCCCAGGGAGAUGAAGAGAAUGCUGUCCACGUGGGGCCGACGAAUGGGGCGGAAGUUGGAGUCACUGCGCCGCGGGGACUCCAGAGAGUCCCUGAACGUCACUCCGUCUACGCCGCCCCCUCCUCCUCAUCCGACAACAAGCAGCGGUGAAACCGUCCGCAAGAGGUCGCCAUGGCGUAUCGGCCGCAGUGCAUCCGAGUCCCUCUCACCCCCGCCCUGCAGGAGUACUGCUAUCAAUGACACAGAGAGUACUCGAAGGAGGGCUCUCAGCGACGUCACAGAACAUUCACCGUCACCUCUCAAGAGCUUCUUUAUUAGGAUGGGUUCUACCGGCAUGCUGAAUGGCUCCAAGCACCAUACCCCUCCAAGCUGCAGUCCCAAGGAACGAGCUAUGCCAUAUAACCCAGAUCUCCCUGGGGGCAAAGUGCUUUUCAAGAGUUGCUCCACGUCUCAGCUGUCUACUUCUUACGUUAAGGGUGAGGACCCCGCUGACGGGUUGGACCUGUCCUUGCAGUGUUCAGAGAGCACAAGUGAUAUUCCCGCCGCUACUAGAGACGGGGGUGAAGUGUUAGCAGGUAUAAAAAAGCGAGUGCCAUCCGUUGAAGCUGAUCCCAGUUACGUACCCACCAAAACUCGAAGCUGCGAUAACAUAGCAAGUUUGGGUACGAACACAACACAGCCUUCUACCGCACCAUCUAUCGGAGGAAACAGAAGAGCAAAUUUUCCAUAUGCAUUUUUGCGUUCUAAAUUAUCCGUCUUACCUGAAGAAAAUGGAGGCAGCGUUGUUAAUCAGCAGAGUCGAAGGAGGGUGUCGAAUAAGGAAAGCUUCCCGGAACACCGGAGGUCCCUCAUUGAGCAGAGCUCCGAACGAGCCUAUAGGCUAAGAGCAAAUUCCGAAGAAUGUGUUCCUGCUGCAUUGUUGGCCGAGGAUAAUUCGUCAUUCCUUGAAGGUACAAAUACGUUAGGCCGUAGACGGAAGGAUAAUCCAGAUGUCAAGUCUAUCAGACGAUAUAAUUAUUCUUUUCCACAGUCUUUCACCGCGGUACCUUACCAAAGUAGCAUUGGUGAAGAAUAUCCGUUGGUACAAAAGUCAGGCCAACCGAGUUACUACGUCAGUUCGAACGAAUCAGGUUAUGAUAGCGAUGGCCCUCGGCAUGGAGAAGAGUCCAUAUGCAAAGUGGGAUCUAGCGAGAAAUGUCUGAACACUACCUUAGACCAGGACGGAGACAGUGGGAUAAUUGCCAAUGAAAGUUCGGACUCUGGAUCAAUACAUGACUCCGAGCUCGGAAAUAGCGAAAACGGGACUGGGAAUGGUGGAAAGUGUCAUAGCGAAAUACUGGUAAGUGACCCCCCUCCACUGCCUCCACGCUCUUCAACACCGAAUCUAGAAGGGCAGCAGCCGUUUUCGCUCCGGCGUGAUAACUGGGCACGAUCAUCAAGCAUCGCUGCCCUGCACACAUCGUGCAGCAGUAAGGACGCGCGCACUGCAGAGAUUCUCGCCAGUCUGGCUCCCUGGGAGAGAGAGAGAAGCGCACAUCUUCAAGAUGAAGCCACCAACACUCGCCGGUAUCAGUUCCUGACGUCCCAGUUGGUGGCGGAAACCUCCACUUCUCCAGCGGAACACUCGGGCCAGGACACAGCACACAGAAACUCCAGUGGAGCAGUUGAGCUGGGAAGUAUUUCAACAAAAAGUACAGAAGUACAAAAUGAAAGCCCUGAAGUAAUUGAUAACUACAGGAGACUUCCUGGGGCGUCCUCUCUGACGUCGUUACAUGACCGACAUAACAGAGACCUGUACAGAAGGCGGUUCAUUCUUGUCAGAAUUGCAAAGACGAAGGGAGCUGAUCUUCUGGGUAUACACCUAGUGCAACAAACACAACCCAUCGACACUAACAGAAAUCCAUCCGCAGUCCGAUUCUAUAUCUCGAAACUGGAUCCUGAGAGUCUUGCAGCAAGAGACGGGCGUUUGAGAGUUGGCGACGAAAUAGUUAACGUGAAUGGUCAUCUUCUGCGCGGAAUGACAACGUUAGGAGAGGCCGAGAGUACGCUGGAUAAAUGUUUGCCGCCAUCACCGUGGAGCCAUUUAAACAAUUUUCACGUUGACAUUGUCAUAGCACGAGAUGAGCAGAGCGAAAGUUAUUCAGAAACAGACGGGCACACCAGUGAAGAGAGGAAGAUGUCGGACCACAGUGUUUGGUCAUCAAGGUCAACCACUCCGACAUUCAGUGGUGAUGGAAGCUCAACGCCUCACACAAUUGGCAGCACAGAACAUAUUGCAGCUCUUCAGAACGAGUCUGAGGUGUCGAAAUUGUGUUGGUCCAAAAGUGAAGACUUAGGUGAGGGUUUUCAUGAACCCGAGCCGCUUGGUACGAGACACUCUAUUGACGGUUCAUGCUCCCGAUCAGUACCACCAAAAACAUUAUUAGCAGGAAAAUUAGAUUUCUGGUUAAGAAGCAGAAGGUCCCACGCCAGCGAAACCUCAGUACAAAGAGAUCGUUUUUCCUUAUACCACAGAGAUUCUGAAGACAGCGCCUUUGCUCCCAACUCAGUGAAAAAUAAAAACAAUAAUCACUGUAACGGAGAUUCGGCCCGAAAUUCCAGUCAUCAGAUCCGUGACAACUGUGAGGACGACGAUGUAUUUGUGAAGACUCCAAAUAUCGACAGCCCUCCAGUCCUUGACGGGAAUUCCCAGACACUUGUUAAUUCUCAUGUGCGUUUUCGAUGUAAGACGCCCUCAGACUCGACCAUAAUACACGAUAGCUCGCCAAAGACUCGAAGAAAUUUUGCAGUAAUAGGUAAAAGCUCCAAAACUUUGGGUACAGGUGGAAGAGAAUCUCUUCCAGAUACAAAUUUUGAAAUGAUCAUCAAAGAUCAUCGGCAUUCCAUGGCCAUGUCUAGUCCCUGCUCCCCUGUGUCAUCCCCGGCAAGUGUCCCUCUCUCGAUACGUCACAGCACGGCAUCGCUGCCGCAUAGUCGCCUUAGUUCUGCCGGUACAAGCCCCGGUACCCCAGCGGGAUCGCCUACAUCUCGCCCGGGUUUCCUGGCAGCCGUCUGUUCCUCCGCCCCUGUCACGCUGCACGCCGUUGUGUUCGAGAAAGGGGUCGGCAAGAAGUCGCUGGGUUUCAGCAUCGUCGGUGGCCGUGACUCUCCUAAAGGCCACAUGGGGAUAUUCGUGAAGACCAUCUUUCCCACGGGACAAGCUGCAGAGGCAGGGACCCUCUUCGAAGGGGACGAGAUUCUGGCAGUGAAUGGGGAGGCCCUUCAAGGGAUGUCGCAUGCUGAAGCCAUCGCAGCUUUCAAGCGUAUCCGCUCCGGGCCAGUGGCGCUGCGUCUGGCAAGGAGACACGUGCUCAGACAACCGAGACUGAAGCCGUCCGAGAGUAUGGAGUAGAAAGACAUCUUGGAAAGACCAGCGUAGUGGCAGAGUGGUACAAGCAGAGAACGUGCUUCCUGGUGUCUGAGUAACACAGCAGUAUAGUGUAGAGUCCGUUGAAUCCGGUUGAGUUCUCUGUCGAGACAAUCUAAAGUGAACUCCUCCUCAAGUAGUGUACAUUAACAGUCAUUCUAGUCCUAGCCAGUGCUUAAUUUGUGAUGGACUUAUGCGUAAUAGUCAAAUGGGUUAUGUCACUGUGUAUGGAAUAAUGUUCUUUUGUUAAAAUUACCCGUUUGGCAAUGUGACGUGAACGCACAAUGCAGCUGGUAAGAAAGACAGCCAUUGGACUCUGUUUUGAGCCAAUUCGAUUGAAUUCUCAUCUACAUAAUCUGUAGGCCUAUCUGUAAAAUUGAUCUCAAUGUUGCCCUAUCAUCUCCUAAGUAUUACAAACAAUCGCUUUCCAAAUUGUUUCCCUAUCAGCAUUCUGUGAGAAUUUAUGAUUUCCCUUGUCCGAUAUAUAGCUACAGAAAAACAUCAUGAAGUUUUCAUUAUGUAAUACUCCAGGUUUCCCAUUCACGCCAUCAUGUUAACGUCCAAAUAUUUUUCGCAGCACCCCGUUUUCAGGUAUUUGCAAUUUAUUUUCUUCCAUAAAAAUAAUAUUUCAUAACCAUGAAAAAUGGGUGCGAAAUGUAAACAAAAAGUCAUCUAGUGUCUCAUGAAGAAAACUUGGUUACUAAAAUAAAUUGAAUUGAUUAAUGAUAACAACAACAACAACAAUAAUAAUAAUAACAACAAUAAUUUCAAAAUUUUAAUUUUCUCGUAAUCUGAUCAUAAAGUAUAAUUUCGUUAAUGUUAUUAAAUAUUUAGAUUUUUGAAGAUUCUUUGCUUAUUUUUACCUAUUUGUUAUAUUGUUACUGUGUCGCAGAUAAGUUCCUGCUGUUAAAAUCAUCUCUUAAUAUGUUCCAAUGAGAUGGGCAUUUUACGAUGACGUAUUUGACUGUAUGUGAACAAUAGCGGAAAAUGGUUAGUUAACUCUGAGAAGAUACAUCAUGACAAAUAGAUCACUUUCAUAUUAAGUUGAGUUGGUUGUGCUCUUGAUAAUAGGCAUAGAAUGUUACUUAUCUUGAAGAAUUAUAUCUUUGUGGGAUAUAACGCCUUGUAGCCCAGUGAAAGUCAACUGAUUAUUCCAAGGAACACUGCUUGAAUUUCACUGGGCUACACUGCAGUAUAUCCCACAAGGCAGAACACUUCAUGACCGCCAUUGUGAGGAUCUGAAAAGCUACAUAUCUUGGUUUUAUGACUUAAUUCAAUAUGUAACUUGCUGUUGCUGACAUUAAUAUCCUGCAAUUGUUAACUCGUGUAACUCAGUAUCUGCGUUUCCUUGCCUUCUCUCUAAAAUCCUGUUGAGAGUGGCACAUAAAACAGAUCUCAUGUCCAGAGACUCUUCUUGUCUUGAGGAAACAUUCCGAGCGCGAAGUUGACUGGAAGGUUGCAGCUUCAGAGGGGACAAACGUAUGAAGAAGUUGUCAGUAUGUAUACGCUGUAUGUUAUAAGUAAUAUAAAUGCUGACAUGGCAUUAGACAGCAGAAGAACUGAGGCUUGAUUCUUGGUAGGGACAAGACAUCCAGACUAAUUCUGGGGCCCAUGCUGCCUCCUAUGCAAAGCGUACAGGAAGAGGUGCGACCACGAAAUCACAAGUUAAGCAGUGGUCCUAAAACAGUCAACGGAAUGAAGCAUCUGAUAGUGAACUGGUUUAGCAGACAAAUAAAGGUCCAAUGACACAGUUAUCUGUAUGCAUUGUUGUGUAGAGUAGUAGCUAAUAUCUCAUAAAUAUGACUGUAGCAAUUUGUGUUUAGUGUUCUAUGCAGUAGUAUCAAUUGUUUGUGUUUUGUAACUUAUACGUAGCAUUACAGACAUGUGAAUCUGUUUGUGUUAUGUACAGUAUCAUUGUGCAAUAUUAAAUGUUCAUCAGUCA